AUGGUUGUUAUAUUACGUCCUGCCAGUUGCUGUGAGCUCUGGGUAAUUUUGACCUUAUGCGACUAGUGGAGGUGUCUUUCUCUGUUGUGGUAUCUUAGUAUGUAUAUAAUAAAGUAGCCGUAUGAAGAGCGGUCAUGCAUUCCUCAGAAGGACUCUGGCAGAUUCAAGAUCGCCUCUACAAGAGUUCUCAGGUGACUUGGUGAGCUUGACACGGGCGGAAGUCGCUGCGAUGCCUCGAAUCCGGCGAAGGAUCGUCCUCCUGGAGGACGUCAUGGACCACAACGGGGCGCGAUGAAGUGGCAGGUGGCGUUGCUACUGCUGUGUGCCGUCGUCCAGGCAAAGGCGCCGGACACAUGCAAUCGGCACCGCAAGGUACUCACAGACUCCUGGGGAAUCAUCACUGAUGGGAAUGACAACUACCGUAACGACUCCCACUGCGAAUGGCUCGUUCAAGCAAGUUCUUCGAAGUCAUGGAUAACGUUGAAGUUUCAAGAGAUGGAUACCGAGUGCGCCUAUGACCACGUGUUUGUCUACGACGGAGACUCUUAUGACAGCCCUCUUCUAGGAAGCUUCAGUGGAACCGCGCUGCCUCCAGUUGUUACCGCCUCUUCCGGAUCGAUGCUGGUUCUUUUGUACAGCGACACCAACUAUGUCCUGAAGGGAUUCACUGCGGAAUAUUCCAUCACGGAGUGUCCUCUCAACUGUAGCGGAAAAGGCAGUUGCACAAAUGGUGCUUGCGACUGCACUGCCCCCUGGUUGGGCGUCGACUGCUCUCACAGUCCGUGCCCCGAGAACUGCAACGAAAACCUCUCCCAGGGGAACUGCUCCAGCGCUGCCGAGCCCCAACCUUCCUGUCGCUGCUCGCCCGGAUUCUCGGGCCUGUCGUGCAGCCUCCCGGACGUCCCCAGCGACUCCGCGGUCGGAUGGCACCUGCUCUCCCGAGAGCUACCCCCGCGUGCCGGUCACUCGGGGCUCUACGUCCCCGACACGGACCAGCUGUACAUCUUCGGCGGGCGGUCGUUCGACCGGGUCUUCGGCGACUUUGUGGUCUACAACUUCAACGAGAGCGCGUGGCGCAACCUCUCGGACCUGACGCCCCGCCCGUCCGCGAGGUGGGGCCACGCGGUGGCGCUGCACGGGCUCACCCUGGUCCUCCACGGCGGUGAGACGGCGGACGGAUCGCUCUCGUCCGAACUGUGGUACUACAGUGUGGUGAAGCGCGAGUGGACGUUGGAAAAUGCGGAAGGCGAUCUCCCUCCGCCGGUCGCCAUGCAUUCGCUGACCGUCGUCGACGAGAGGUGGCUCUACCUCUUCGGCGGACGGACAAACGGCGGAGCGUUUCUCGGCUCCCUCUUCCGGCUGGACCCCCGGUCCGGAUCGCCCUGGGAGAGGGUGAGAGACGGGGGAGGGGGUCCCCGCCUGGUGGGGCACGCGGCCGUGUACGACGCGGACUCUCGCUCUCUCCUGGUUCACGGCGGAGUGAUAGUGGACUACGCGCGCUUCAGCAAGUUGAGCGCCGCUCUGUGGGCGUUUGGCGUGGACUCCAGCAGGUGGACGAAGCUGGAGCCGGCCAGGUCCGCCGGGGACCCGAUGGAACGGGCCUUCCACGCGGCCGGGGUGGUGGGCGAUUUCCUGCUGGUUGUGGGAGGUUACAUGCACAGACAUUCGAAAGAAGAGAAGUGUUUCGACGAUGCUCUUUACCUGUACGACCUCCACUGUCACAAGUGGGUGCCUUUUCAGCAGAUGGCCGGAGAAUCGAUAGCCAAGUCGCGUCGAUCCGGCCCCGCAGGCCUGCACUCUCAUGUGGCUGCCUUCAGGCGGGGCCACACGUUGAUCGUCCUGGGUGGGUACCGUGGCCUCAUGACCUCCGAGCUGUGGGCACUCCACCUCCCGGCUUCCAUCACCAGGACAGAUUGGGCGACAUGUGUUCGGUACCGCAUGAAAGUCACGUGCAAAUCAAACCCUGCCUGUGCCUGGUGCACCGACUCCAAAAUGUGCCUGGAUCGCCGGAGAAGUGAGGACUGUCCAUCGGGACUGUUUGGGAACUGUCCGGGACUGUGUCCCGCCUUGACUGACUGCCAGUCGUGUAUGGCGUGGGGCCAGGCAGGCCAGGCUAAUGCCAUCCGCGCCACCCGCGGGGGCCCUCGCGUGUGCGGCUGGUGCGUCGAGGCGUCCAGGUGCCACCCCAUCUCCGAUCCUCCAGCUGUUUGCCGUGGCCAAGAGGAAGGAUACUGGGGCCCUCAGGGCCACAUCCUGUCCUCCCUGCCAGAAUGCCGCACUCUCGACUUCCGUCCGGGGCUCCUUCUGCUUCGUUACCGCUAUCCUGCCAAUUUGUCUCAGCCAGAUGAGGUGUCUUACGUAAACAGCACCAAGCAGUCGUUGGUGUUUGUCGCCGAGACGCAGGACGACCACAGCCAGGACGGCGGGGAGCACAUGGGACGUCUGCUGGGGUUCCUGCAUCCGUGGGGGGUUCGACUUCCCCCAGCAGAGCCCCUGCGACUUUUUCUGAGUGCCUCCGAUGGACGUGCGGUUUUACGUCUCAGUCUCGACGACCAGCCUCAACACUUGGAGGUGGUGGGCAACCGAACCUCACACGGGCUGAACAGGACGGAGGCCAUGCGGCCGGGCGGACGACACCUGCUGCCCCCUACCCCGAGAGAUCGGUACCUGCUGGAUUUUCGCCUUUACGUGCCGGCCAAGUUCUGCCACAAGGCCUGCGACAAGAAGAUGCUGCUCGAGUGGAACGCCGUCAAUGCACCUUCCCUGAUCCCUGUGCAGUACCUGGAGCCCUACCUGAAUGGCCUCAGUUGCAGCAACCACACCAACUGUAUGGCCUGCUUGAGUGACGCCGCCUGCGGCUGGUGCCGUUCCUCGGGUACCUGCGUCCCCCGCAGGGAACUCCCGGGGCACGCCUGCGCCUCGACGACCCGGAAUCCCGAACUGCUCGUGCUGGACCCUGCGCACUGCAUCUCCUGUUCCACGUUCAUCUACUGCGAGGACUGCGUGUCUGGCCCAUCAUGCGAAUGGAUCGUGGAAGGUGCCUACUGCAUCCGCAGAGGCCGUUCGGACGUUGCCGUCAGGCGGAAGGACCACUGUCCAGUUCCCUGCCAUCGGCGAGAGGGCUGCGUUUCCUGCCUCGGUGACCCAGGACGUUGCGCCUGGUGCGAGCAGACGCAGAGUUGCUUCCUCUUUUCCACAUACACGACUUCGUUCAUGUUCGCUGGCUGCAGGGAAUGGGUGGACGAAGACCAUUUAAAUCCCAAGGGAGCCAGGUUCGCUGGUGGCCAGUGCCCCAACUGUUCAGCACUGGGUGACUGCGGGAGCUGCCUGCAGAAACUGGGGUGCGGAUGGUGUAGCAGUGAUCACAACCCUUCCGUUGGUGUCUGCGUGCCCGGGAGUUUUGCUGGGCCAACACAAGGCAACUGCAGUAGAUGGGCGGAGAAGCUGGGCCACGAGUCAACCUCGUGGUCGUACGCUCGCUGCCCCAACGUUGACGAGUGCAAACUGGGCAUGGCCAGGUGCCACGCCGACGCCACCUGCGUGGAUGACGCGGAGGGCUACCACUGCGUCUGCAACGAGGGUUUCAAGGGGGACGGAAACACGACCUGCCUCAAGACGUGCGCGGAGCCCUGCGUCCAUGGUUACUGCUCGGAGGCCCCGGACUUCCGCUGCCUGUGCGCGCUGGGUUGGACGGGGUACCGCUGCGACAUCGACUGCGGAUGCCACAAUCACAGCCGCUGCGAUCGAGGUGUCGACAUAUGCGACCACUGCCAAGAUCUCACUGAAGGAAAGCACUGCCACCUGUGCAGGAGAGGCGCGUUCGGCAACGCCACAACACCCUUCGGCUGCCGUAAGUGCAGCUGCAACGGGCACGGGGACGACGCGGCCGGUACCUGCGACCCCCGUACGGGGCACUGCAGGUGCCUGCACAAUACCGAGGGCAAGCACUGCGAACUCUGCAAGCCAGGAUUCUUUGGAGACCCCAGGAACAAGGGCCGUUGCUACAAGGAUUGCUCCCCGAAAGGCAGGAUUCAGGUGGAGGCCCCCGGGGGUCUGGGAAGUCCCCUGUUGGCCAGACCUAUGCGCUCCCCGCACUGCCUCUGGAUCUUGGAAACGGGCUUGGGGAGAAACUGCAGUAUUGAGCUGACCUUGCUCCCCGGUCUGCACAUCCGCUGCCCGGAGAACCACGUCUACAUCUACGACGGCCUACCUCCCUUUGUGCGCGCAAACGGCGGCACACGCGGUAACCUUCUGGGGGCCUUCUGCGGGACCAACACCACGGCGCCCGUUGUGGUGACCUCUUCCGGGGCGCAGCUCUCCGUCUACUUCCGCAGGAGCCGUCGGCAAGAGCAAGGUUUUAACGCCACCUUCAGGCCGGUGUCUCGAUCGGCCUCGUGCCCUCUGCCCAGUGUGGCCAGGUCGCGACCCUGUCGGUGUUCGGCAUCUGCGCUGCAGGGUUCCUGCGAUGAGGUAUACCGUGUCUGCCGCUGCAAGAAUGGCUUUAGUGGCUCCGACUGCAGCGUUCCUCUCAGACCACAGCAUCUCUCUUGGGAACUGCUCUUUGACUUUACCAGGGUAGCUCGGGCAGACACCGCCGUUCCGGACGUCCAUUUUGGCCACUCCCUUUUGGCACUGGAGCCCAACCAGCUGUGGUUGUUUGGAGGCACAGCAUCCAUGACAACAGACAGCGACACGCUCUACGUGUAUUUCGCUUACGAUGGACGGUGGAACAAGGUUCUUCCACAGAACGGAGGGCGAAGGACUCCUCCGGGACGAAGGUUUCACGGGGCAGCAAUGGUGGGGAGGGACAUGUAUAUCUUUGGAGGCAUCAACAGCACAGGGGUCCUGGGAGACUUCUGGAAGUUCUCUACGCACAGCUACACCUGGACGGAAGUGAUGACCUCACCGGACGUUCCUGCUCUGGCUGGGCUCACCCUGACCAGCGUAGGAGAUGAGUGGCUCGUUCUCGUUGGAGGAUUCUCGCCGAAGGAUGGCUUCCAGGAGAAGACGCUGACGUACGGACUCACCACCGGUGAAUGGAAGGUUCUCAACACCAGUGGCACGGUCCCCAUUGGCAUCUACGGCCAUACAAGCAACUACCACGCACCCACCAAGAGCAUCUACGUCUUCGGCGGCGUAGUGUACGACGUCGACCACACCGUGGUGUCGGGCACGCUCUACGCCCUGCACUUCCCCACCCGUCGCUGGUCCAGGCUGCCCCCCGACGAACGCGCGAACCCCGUCUACUUAAGGGUGCCGGCACGCUACUUCCACGCUUCGUCCAUCACGGAACGUUCCCUGUUCGUCGUGGGGGGCCGUAACGGAAGUGGAGAUGCCAUUCUGGAGCCCUUUGCCUACGACUUCUUCUGCAAUCGCUGGGUCUCGUUAGAGGACCCCUACAUCCAGCACUUGGGCGGCAUCCCAGACCCUGUCUCUGGCGGCGACAUUGCUCACCUGGGCGGCCAUCUGUACAUGUAUGGAGGAUCGAGCGAGCGUCCACGCGGGCUCCUGUACCGGCUGACAGUGCCCAACGACAUAUGCGUGCUGUUCUCCGGCGCAAGACUGGGAUGCCUACGUCACGUGGGUUGUUCCUACUGCUCUGUUCAAGACUCUGUCGGGAACCACACACACUGCUACUCGAGUUCUUCCCCUACGCCCUCGAGUUGUACACACCACCAGGGCACGCUGGAAGUGGCACCAGGCAAGGUGUGCGACGCUGCCUGGUUGGACAAUCGCAAUUGCAUCCAGUACGAGACGUGCGAGGACUGCCUGGCAUCCUGGCCCAUUCACCCAGAAGCCCAGCACGCCUGCGAGUGGUGCACGAGCUGCCGCAAAGGCCACUGCGUGCGUGCAGGACAGUCAUCCCUAUGCGAACAAGCGGUGGACUGCGAUGGUCCGCAGCCGCCCCUCGUGGCCGACCCUGGCCAGUGCCCCCUGCGAUCCUGCCUGGCUUCAGAAUGCGAAAAGUGCAGGGACCUAGGAAAGUGCAUUUGGACGAGACAAGCUGUCCGCUCCAGCGAAUUGCGGCACACCCUCAACGUACGUCCCAUCUUCGACUGGACGUGCGUCCGUCGGGCGGUGAAGGAUGCCUCCAGUUUCCCGGUUGAGUCGAAUCCCCCUCGUCCCUGUCCCAUCCGCUGCUUCCAGCAUCCAACUUGCUCCUCCUGCCUCGCCAGCGUAGGAGGUGAAGGCGGCUGGCACCAGUGCUGGUGGAGCACCACGAGACAGGAGUGCCUCACACCCAGCUACGCAGCCCUGCGCUGUGAAGGGGGCGGCUGCGGCACGAUCUUGCAGGGCAGCACUUCCUGCGAUCCGCCCUGCCACGUACACCUGCAAGCGGCACAUUGCCUGGGCGACCCCCAUUGCGGCUGGUGUGGGUUUCGGGGACCAAGCCAUAACGGUCAUGGUGUCUGCAUGCGCGGAAACGCCCUGGGUCCCACGGGCGGGAUGUGUGCGGACGGGAAUGUCUUCAUAGAGGGUCAUCCGCUGCCGGCCAAUGUGUCCCAGCUGGUGCAGACAAUGGGCAGCCGAGUGGGAUGGUAUUAUUACGACCGACUGCCCGAGAACGAAUGCACCAAUGGCCACCACAACUGUCACCACGAGAAGGAGAAGUGUGUCGACCUGCCAGAUGGGUUCUCCUGCGAGUGCAAUGAGGGAUACGUUCUGGACAGUGCAAUGAAAGAGUGCAAGCCUGUGUGCAGCAAGGGGUGUGAACAUGGGGUGUGCGUCCACCCAAACAAGUGUCGUUGCGACUUUGGCUACGUCGGCUACAACUGCUCCCUGGCCUGCCAAUGCAAUGGACACAGUGACUGUGCGGGGCCCCACCUGUUGGACUUCUGUACAAAGUGCCACAACCACACCAUGGGCAAGCAAUGCCACCUGUGCGAGCCCUUCUACGUUGGCAACCCGGCCAAAGGGGGGCGCUGCAUCCCUUGCUUGGAAUACUGCCACCACCACACAAACAUCUGCGUCGAGGCCAGCCAGCUGGAACUCAACGAGUCGGCUGCACCCACGGACUUCCUCCAGUCCUUCCGGGAGAUAGAGCACGGGCCGACAGACUCUGCCGAGUGUCGCUUCUGCAAGAACAACACGACGGGAGCACAGUGCGAAGAGUGCAUGGAAGGGUACUUCGUUGCUGGAAAGAGCAUCGACCAGGGAUGUCGCCCGUGCGAGUGUCACGGUCACGGUUACACGUGUGACUGGCGCACAGGAGAGUACUGCAACUGCAUGAACAACACUGAGAACGACCGACAGUGCAGCCCUAAAAACAGCAAGAACAGCCCCACCCCCUGCUGGCACUUGCAGUGUUCCAAGUGCAAAGAGGGCUUCAUUGGGAAUCCCACAGACGGUCACCAGUGCUAUCGUACCAUGCGCCUGGAGACGGAAUAUUGUUUUGAUCCUGACACGCAAGAAUGCAAUUCAGGUCCAAAUCCACUUCCAGCCGGGCGCACCAUCUUCUUCGUCGUUCAUCCGCGUUACAUGAACGUGGACAUCCGGAUCAUCGUCGACGUCAUCCACGGUGCAGCCGACCUCUACCUGUCCAAUCGGGACGACACCUUCGUGGUCGACGUCAACCGCACGACCGGAGUUCACGCCGUCUCCGUAGAUACAAAGUACACAUUGAGCACCUCCGCAAUCGUCUUUGACAGAAAACGGAGGCACGUCCCUCGCAACGCCACAGAACACCUCGGCAGCGUCCUGUUGAUGCACGAAAAGCACGCGUCCACCGACGGGCCGGCGGUCUACGUCACGGUCCGCGAUCAACGGGAGGUGCUGCUCGUGCACAACCUGCAGAGCCGCCUGGUGAUCACCGUUCCGCAGCACGUGUUUGACCUGCGGACCACCAAGAUCUUCAUGGUGCUGGUGGGGACGGCCAGGGACUCCCCCCUCACCAUCGGCAACAUUUUCUUCCGCCAGGACCAGACCAGGAUCGACCUCUUUGUCUUCUUCUCCGUCUUCUUCUCUUGCUUCUUCCUCUUCCUGGCAGCGUGCGUGGUGGUGUGGAAGGUGAAGCGUGCGUUUGACGUGAGGCAUGCGCGCCGUCUGCAUGCGGCCCAGAUGGAGCACAUGGCCCGUCGUCCGUUUGCACGCGUCUGCUUGGGCGUAGACGACCGAGAUGUUGCGCCCUGUCGCAAAAAGAAGCGAGCGAGAGAUUCGCCCAAGGCGCUGGUGACUUUCAGCGCGGCGAGCGGCAUGCGCCCGGUCGCUGUGGAACCAACCGAGGACGGUGCAGCCGCAGUGACAACGUUGUUGGUGCAACUGCCGGGGGGACUCUCCGCCCCCGUACGCCUCUCGCUGGGCUCCGCGCUGGUGUCGGUGCGGGGCGGGGGAACGGGAUCGAGCGGGAUUCGGGCCGCCAUGAGGCGGAGGACGAGCCACGUCAACCUAUGACGCCCUCCGCCGUACUAUGACUGUUGUGCAAUUUUUUCGCGCUGAGAUUACGGAGGACUUUUUUUCUACCACGUGCCGCGACGUCUGCAAGUUAGAUAGACGAAAGGCUGCUCGGUUUUAGUCCGGCUUCUUGGAGAGGCUGAGCUGUGUGACAGUGACGGUUCACUAGUGUAGACUACUGUGUGUAGAAAAGCUCGGCUACUAACGGUACUACCACGGUACUACAACGCUACCAUGGUAGAGAGGACUCCGACCGAGGCUCUUCAUUUUGUUUACGUCAGGGCCUCUGUUGCCAGGAGGGUGUAUCGAAUUUCAUGUUGCGUGCAGGGUGCAUGAAGAAAAAUGCCGCCAUAUAGCCGUAGAACAAAUAUACAUCAAUUUACCACGUCUCCGCUAGGCAGUGUGGCGCAAAUCGUGAAGCAAUCAAGUUAGUUGCGAAGUUAGACAAAAAAAAAAUUGAGGUGUAUAAGUAGCUGCAUUGAAAUGUUGCACAGAAGGAGCAUGCAGACACACAAAACCGGCCACAAUUUCGAAGGCCCCAGCUGCGAUGCAAUUCACUGCUAUGCAGCAUGUGGGAGGCCGUCUCUUAACAUUUUUUUGUGCGGAACGUUCUAAUGCGGAUAACACCGACAAUCUUCUUAUCCGUUUCUUCACGCCGCUACAUUGCGUUUGGACGUUGGAGCGUGCGUCUACUUUUUGUUGAGACUUUAGGGUUCGUUUUUCAGAAUGCCAUCCCAUGCACUUCGAGCAAGUUUAUAUACAUAGAAACUACGCAUUACAUUUUAAGCUGGCAUCCACUUCAAAUUGAAGUUCGUUAGAUCUGAAAAUUUGACGCGACAUAAUUGCUCCGCCCCGUCAGCGAACCCGCACUUCAUUUUAUUUCGAGUUUUUUUACGUGGCUCGUACCAAGCGAGAGGUUGACGCUUUUAUACGAUUGGCCACCAUUUUUCCAGAUUUUUUGUGAUAUUUUUCCGUUUGGCUUUCACGGACGCCACCAAUGUGGACCACUCAAGGGAAAACCGUGGUGUCGAACAUUGUGGUGCCGAGAUGGGGCAAACUUUGUACCUUAUUCUUGUUGAAUUUACAGAUAUUUAUAAGCUAGCAUGCUUGCACUUUUUGUUCCUAGUCUCGUUGUCGUUGAACCUAGAAACGUGUCUUCGCGUUAUGUGUGUUCGUUCGUUCUGUAUGCUUUUAGUCGGUGCCAAAGUUUGCGACAACUGGGACCCAAGUUUUACGGUCGAUCAAAAAACGUUACUUGAGGUAGAUGAUUUCCUGGCUGUCAUCGUUACGUCUGCAAUCACGUGUAAGACCCAUUUUCAUUGCCUUCUAGCUUCAGUGACUAGAAAGUAGUGAGGAAAUUACUUUUGAGGCAUAAAGUAGGUUGCGUAGAGACUCGUCAUGCUGUGGAAAUUAAGGCCAACACUUUGCCCGCUUUUAUUAUUAGACGAGAAUGCUAACGAAGUGGUGCCGUAGCUAAUUUUCCUGCUGUCGUUCUGCAAGGAAAAGAGAAUGACGCAGCGAAAGGAAGACGCCACGUGCGAGAGAUCUGUGAGAACGAAAUUGUGUACUUUAAAAAGGUGUUUGCAUCUGUACAAAAAACCACAAUAGAAAUAUGAGAUGUGGCUAUAGACAUUGCUUGUAGCAAGUGUUACGACCGUCAUAGUCACACUCGAGUGUGAGCAAUAAAGGCUUAUACGAAGA